CGCGGGGAGGCCGGCGGGACGAUGCUGCUCUCGCUGGUGCUGCACACGUACUCCAUGCGCUACUUGGUGCCCGCCGCCGUCAUGAUGGGCGCGGCGCCCACCUACGUGCUGGCCUGGGGCGCCUGGCGCCUGCUUUCCGCCGUGCUGCCCGCGCGCCUCUACCGCGAGGUGGACGAUCGCCUCUACACCCUCUACCAGAGCAUGGUGCUCUUCUUCUUCGAGAACUACACGGGCGUGCAGGUAAUAAUCUAUGGGGAUUUGCCAAAAAAUAAAGAAAAUAUAUUAUAUUUAUCAAAUCAUCAGUGUACAGUUGAUUGGAUUAUUGCGGACAUGUUGGCAAUGAGGCAGAAUGCAAUCGGCCACGUUCGUUACGUUUUAAAAGAUGGGUUAAAAUGGCUCCCAUUGUAUGGGUGGUAUUUUUCACAGCAUGGAGGAGUCUAUGUAAAAAGAAGUGCCAAAUUCAAUGAAAAAGAAAUGAGAGCGAAAUUGCAGGCCCAUGUGAAAUCUGAAAUUCCGAUGUAUUUAGUGAUUUUUCCAGAGGGGACUCGUUACAAUCCAGAAAUACCAAAAGUCAUUGCAGAUAGUCAAUCAUUUGCUGAAAAAGAAGGGCUUACUGUAUUAAAACAUGUGCUGACACCACGUGUGAAGGCAACUCAUGUAGCCAUUGACACAAUGAAGGACUAUUUGGAUGCGGUUUAUGAUGUGACUGUAGCGUAUGAGGGUACUGUGGACCACAAAGGGCAAAGAAAAGUGGCACCAUCUAUGACAGAAUUUCUUUGCAAGGAAUGCCCAAGAGUUCAUAUUUUCGUUGAACGAAUUGAACUGAAGGACAUUCCAGAAGAACAGAUGUAUAUGAGAAGAUGGCUUCAUGAACGGUUUGAAAUAAAGGAUAAGUUAUUAAUAGAGUUUUACGAUGCAAAGGAUUCUAAAAGAAGAAAUAAGUUCCCUGGAAAAGGUGUUCAUUCCAAAUUAAGCCUCAAGAAAACUUUGCCAUCUUUGCUGUUUUUAGGUGGCCUGACUGCUGGUAUGCUGCUGACAGAAUCUGGAAGGAAACUUUAUGUAAAAACAUGGAUAUAUGGGACUUUAAUUGGCUGCCUGUGGGUUAGCAUUAAACCAUAAGCAGGCGUUAGUCUCCAAUCAGAGAGAUGUGCUAUCUUUUCUUGCACAUUGCACCAAAUUUUUUCCUCAAUUUAUAGUAAAGAGUGUAAAUAAAGCCUUAAUGAUUGAACAUUGGAAAUAAUAGAAUUUGAGACUUAAGCCUCUGUGUGGUUGGUCUGGGGAAAAUAUAUAUGUAGUUUUUCAAAGUUGAUACUGAGUUUUGCGGGAAGAAUGACAGAUAAACCGAGUUACAUGACAAACUUUUCCCCAUGAAGUAACAACCAUUUCUAUCUGCAGAAGAUCAAAGUGUGAGUUAUGCAUAAGGGUGUCUUAACUGGACUUGUGAAUGUAUUUAGAGAGAUUAAUUUACGGUGUAUAUUUAUUCUUCUGAUAUUCAUGUUGAAUUUUUGUUACUCUUUGGUGCAUUGCAGCAACUUAGUUGCAUCUAACCCAGCUGUAUUGCAGCUAAAGUCAAAACUUUUUUUUAGAAUUUUG